UUCCAGACUUACUGGGCUUCCAGUGAUGCGCCGCUGCCACUGCCGGUUUCCUGGCCAGAGAUGGUGUCUUUUUGUAUCUCCAUUGUUCAGCAUAAUACCUGGGAGACAGCAAUGACACGAUGCUAUUAUUAUCUCAGGAACUGAAAUGGCCAAACAAAUCCAGAAAGAAAUACAAGAGGGUGUGGAGUCCUGGAUUUCCCUUGGGAACAGAAGACCUCACCUCAGUAUCAUUUUAGUGGGAGAUAACCCAGCAAGCCACACCUACGUCAGGAAGAAGAUCCGAGCCGCCUCUGCUGUAGGUAUCUAUAGUGAGAUCAUUCUAAAGCCUAAGGAUGUUUCUCAAGAAGAGCUUUUGGAUAUAACUGAUCAAUUGAACAUGGACCCAAGAGUCAGUGGCAUAUUAGUUCAGUUGCCACUGCCAGAUCAUGUGGAUGAGCGAACAGUAUGCAAUGGAAUUGCCCCUGAAAAAGAUGUAGAUGGAUUUCAUAUUAUCAAUAUUGGAAGACUGUGCCUUGAUCAGCAUUCUCUCAUACCUGCCACUGCCAGUGCUGUUUGGGAAAUAAUCAAAAGAACAGGAAUUGAAACAUUUGGGAAAAAUGUGGUUGUGGCUGGAAGGUCCAAGAAUGUAGGGAUGCCCAUUGCCAUGCUUCUACACACUGAUGGAGACCAUGAACGACCAGGAGGUGAUGCAACAGUGACAAUAGCUCACAGAUAUACCCCCAAAGAACAACUGAAGAUCCAUACUCAGCUGGCAGAUAUUGUCAUAGUCGCUGCAGGUAUUCCAAAGUUGAUCACAUCUGAUAUGAUUAAAGAAGGUGCUGCUGUAAUUGAUGUGGGUAUCAACUAUGUCCACGACCCAGUGACAGAAAAGAUAAAAUUAGUUGGAGAUGUGGACUUUGAAGCUGUGAAGAAGAAGGCUGGCUUCAUCACUCCAGUUCCAGGAGGCGUGGGACCCAUGACGGUGGCCAUGCUUCUGAAGAACACCCUCCUGGCAGCUAAAAAAGUCAUUUAUUAGGUUGCAUGAAAGAACGAAGCAAGCUGAAAUCAUGCUAUUUAUUUACUCGACAAGGGGGAAAAUCCUUUCUAUUUUACUACAAAGCUAUUUAUUUCUACAUUGUAUUUAUUUUUUCAUGGAUGGAAUCACUGUGGAUCAGAGGAUUCACACAAUUGUAUGCAUUUCCUGCUAACAGAUUUUGAGUUUUAGGAGAAAAAAAACAAUAACUGGAAAUAUUGGUAACAUUUAUUUUAUGAAUAAUAUUUGUUCAUAAUGUUCAAACAAUAAAGGGCUCAUAAUAAAUAAUAUAUUUUGACACAAUUAAAUAUCACAUGCCAUAUGUUUUCAACAAAUGUUUUGUCAGCCAAAUGGACACCCAUGUAAAAUGUAAUUCAGGUUUUGCCAUAAGCUUGAUCAAUUUUUAAAUAUUUUAGUUCUAUAUCGUAUGCUAAAAAAGAACUAAGUUGCUAAAAGAAAGAUAAAAUAUAAAAAAUAAAAUAUUCAUCUUAUAUAUCUCCUAAAUGCAUCCUAUGAGGCAUCCUAAUAAAUAAUGUUUAAUCAAGGAAAGAGAAAUAUACAAAGAAAACAAAAAAUACAGUGCUGCUUGGGAAGGUAAUGAUUAUGUGAAAUGAUAAAUGACUACUUGUUAUAGUAAAAAUGUAAUAAGAAUGUAUUAGGCUUACAUGUAAUUUCUUUGUUGUUCUAGAAAAAUAUGUGGACAGUGCCUUCUUUGAGGAAUAAUAGAAAAUCCCAAAGCAAACAAAUGCACAAAACAAAACUAUGGUGGUCUUUCCCCACAAAGAUCAGGAAAAUAUGACAUACUAUGAGUGAAGCCUUCAUUAAAGAACAAAUUAUGUUUUUUCACAAAUGCAGAAAUCCAUUGGUAAAACACACAAACAGUGUGCCAAUGUUAAACAUUAGAAUAUGACUAAAAAUCUACUGUUUUCUUUCCCACAGUUCUACCCUCUUCUCUUAUAGCAUUUGGUUCUCAAAGUAGAUGCCAUGCUUCUAACACAAUUUAAAUUUAGGAAAUACAUGUGACUCUCAGUUGAAGGUAUCUUGAGACUGCUCUAACCACAUAAUUGUAUUGUUUUCAUACUCAAAUCCCAGUACAUUUAUGUACCAAUAAUUCUUACCCAAUGCAUGUUUUUAAUGAUGUGUAUACUUAUUAUUUAUGUGAGAAUAGAUUAGAUGUUUAUGAUUAAUAGUAUUUUAACUGUAU